AUGGGCACUGAUGAGGGGGAGAUGAUGGGCACUGCUAAUCUGAACUGAUGGGCACUAAUAAUGUACACUGAAGGGCACUGUUGAAACCAGGGGCGGACUGACAACUCAUGGGGCCCCCGGGCAAUAUGGGAUCAUGGGGCCACUGUGUCCUUGCCCACACUCAAAGUACACCCAACAAAGCCUAUAAAAAGGUACCAGGGGCAUUUCAUGGGGCCCCCGACUGACCCCGGGCCCUCGGGCAGUGCCCGUGUGUUUGAAUGGUUAGUCCACCCCU